AUCGAUAAUCAAUAAUAUACGCAUAUAUCAUUAUAACAGUAACCUCCAUUCCAACAAUUUUAUUAACAGAGUGAUUUUAUACGUAUAUGUGUCUCACAGUGGGAUAAUGGGAGGAGUUCAAGCUCUUGUCGCCGCUGAGAAAAAAGGCACAAUAACAACCGAAGAUAUAAACAACGAAAUUCUGCCCUUUGUACUAGAAUUGACAGAGCGCGACAGAAAACUGUUUAAUUUUGCAAAGAAGGAAAUCAGCAGAGAAGCCAGCAAGUUAAAUAUUAAAAACGCAACGGUCUGCAUUGAGUUUCAAGACAGAGAAUAUUGUUAUAUUGGUAGGGGAAUAAUAGAACAACAAUACAUCCGAAUAGCAAUGGAAGAUGACAAAUGCACAAUAUUUUGGGAAAGACAAUGGCCUACUAGGAAAAUAUGCCAAAGUGUGAUCAACGCAGAUCUUUCCGUUUUGUUGAAGUUCGCUGGAGUUGUUGGUCCUUUAGUGGUUGCAUAUGGAAGGAAACGAUUGCAAUGACAUAACGUAUAAUAAAAUCGACUGUUAUAUUUUUAACGUGAACAUUUUCCAAUAACAGUUAACAUUUUAAAAAUACAAAGCUUGUGUUGAACUGAUGUCUGU